AUGUCUUGGCAUCCAGAAACAAACCCUCACUUUAAUAAAACACAGCUGCAACAUCGUGAAGGCCCACACUUCCAGGCACCACCUAGUCCUGGGGUGUCACGUCUUCAAGAUCAACAAAGCCAGCUACGACAUGGCCGACCGGUGACUCGACCACGGAUCAAAGGCCAAGGUUCCAAGACGAAGGGUGCAUCAGUGGCGCAACCAAAGCAUGACGGCCAAUUCCGCAGUCCAUGGAUCCCGCCAACACAACAGCAUGCAGACCAACAUCCCGAAUCACACUUUCCACUGCAUGGCAACCAAGUCCACAGUCCAGAAACGCUGCCACCACAGCAUCAAGGCCAACAUCCCCAACCACAUUUUCCACUACAUGAUGAGAAAUUCCAGAGCCCAUGGCUGCUGCCAACGCAGCCCCGAGGACAACAUCCCGAGCCACGUGGUUCAAGGCAUGAUGGAGAACCCCAUGUACAAUCGAUGCAUCAACAUCAAGACCGUGGUUCUGGGGUGGCACAGCCACAGCAUCAAGAACGCCAACCCUGGCAGUCUCAUAGUCCAGGAGUCCCACCAGCACAGCGUCUUGACGGCGAUCGACCUUCACGUGGUUUUGGGAUGCCAAGACCUGGUCGAACCCAACCGAUAAUAUGGUUAGGUGCAGUUUUCUGCGCAAUUUUUUGGAUUGUCAUAUUCCUAGGAGGUCUAAUCAUCCUUAUAGUCUACCUAGUAUAUCGCCCACGCAGUCCACGGUUUGAUGUGUCCAGUGCCACCUUAAAUGCAGCCUACAUCGAUGCAGGCUCUCUACUUAAUGCUGAUCUCUCUGUGCUCGCAAACUUCACCAAUCCAAACAAGAAAGUGAGCGUGGACUUCAGUUAUAUGAUCAUUGAUCUAUACUACGGCAGCACUCUUCUCGCUACCCAAUAUAUAGAACCUUUCUCGGCCGGGAAGGCUCAGUCCAGGUUCGAAAAUAUUCAUAUGGUUACUAGUCAGGUUCGGCUUCCCAUAGUGCAAGGCGAACGGCUUCAGGAACAGAUUGGUAAAAAUGGAGUCAUAUUUGACUUGAAAGGAGUAUUUCGGGUGCGAUCUAAACUGGGGAGUUUGCUAAGGUAUUCGUAUCGGCUGUAUGGUCAUUGCACCAUCCUGGUGACGGCUCCUCCUAGUGGAGUCCUACGAGCUACAAAAUGCAGAACGAAACGAUGA